AUGUUCAAGGGACUUCCGGUGCACCUCCAGCAGCAGCUCCAGCAGCAAUAUCAGAAAGAGGAGUGGAAGACAUUGUUAUUUGACUAUUGGAAGGAAAGUAGCUAUACGGAGGAAGUGGUGGCUGCAAAUGAAUUGAUUCAAAAUGCUCUGUAUUCAUUCGGUCGCAUGGAAGAAGAGUAUGAGAUUGAAGAGGCAGACAGGCUUCUAAACCAAGAAGCAGAACAGGCUCAAAUCCGGCGGCAAGAGGAGGAUCAGGCAGCUCGACAGGACCAGCAAGCUGCCCUGGGCUUGGAUGACAGCUUGGAAGAAAACAUGAUGGGCAAUUCAGGUUGA